AUGGAUGAUGUGAUAGAUACAAAGAAGCUAAAGAAUCGAAAAGAGAUUAUAUAUACCCGCCCACCCACCCACCCACUUACCCACAAACCCAGAGAUGACAGCAAAAAUGCAUUCCCCUUCAUCGACAUCAUCAUCAUUUUCCCUCAUCACCAUUUUCUUCUUGCUCUUGGUUAUGAUCUCCCUGUUCCUUCCUGGGGCCUCGGCCCAAAAAGGUCAAGUGUGGGGAAGCAAGCCUUCUCCUGGCGGGGGAUAUGUGACAUGGUCGCAACAACUUGGCCAAUAACGUUUUGUGCAGUUAAAUAUGUGAGGGAAAAGUCAUGGAGCAAAUCCUUGAUCAGACAGCGUGUUGGUCGUUCCAGAUGCCAUCAAGCGAAGAACUUUGCGUCACUCGAGAUCGUGCUAUAGAUGUAAUAUGUCAUAAUACUCUUGAUACAUUCUUAGCGUAGCAGAAUAAUUUCAGUUGCUUGUAUUCUGCACAUCAUCUUCCAGACAUUCUCACGUGUAAGACUUGUCUUGAUGAUAGUGAAAUAUAAACAUAUAAGUUUCACAGUUUACUCUUGAAAAA